AUGUCACAUUACGCACCGGGGCCAACGCCGCCUAUCACCGCCUCCCCGUCACAACCGCCGUUAGAAGAUGAAGACGGCGGUGAGGACAACAUCUUCCGCGACAUGACGUUCGAGGAGGUUUUGGAAGACCUCAACGCACGGUUCCUCGUCAACCUCCCUGAGGAAGAAAUGUCACUCGUCAGAGUGUACUGGCAGGCAGAGCAGGCGCACUGGUUCUACGAGGACUACCUCCGGCCGCUGAACCCGCUGCUGCCCUCCCUCGGACAGCGCCAGUUCACACACCUGAUUAUUGCCAGUUCGCCACUGUACGCCGACACCGACAUCGACUAUGACGCCGUGUGGGAGGAGUACUGCGCGUACAAGAAGAUGGUGCCGUGUUGCGGCGGUAUCCUCAUCAACGACACGGCCGACAAGGUCCUCAUGGUUGAGGAGGAGACUGGGUUUGACUUAUCUGGCCUCAUCAACGAGGACGAUUUCAUCAAGACGCAGGUGAACGCGCAGGAAAUCACCAUGUUCAUCGUUCCCGGCAUUGACGAGAGCACCGUGUUCGAGACGCAGACGCGCAAGGAGAUCGGCGCGAUCGAGUGGGUCCCCUUCUCGGACCUGCCGACGUGGACCCAUAAGAAGGGUCCGAAACGUACCGGCGGGAAGGGCCAGAAGCGCUUCUACAAUGUGACGCCCUUUGUGGGCCCGCUGAAGAAGUGGCUCUCAAAGCACGGGUACAACCCGCACCCGCCGCGCAGGAAGGAGAAGACCGGGCCCGUCGGGCGCGAGCUGAAGCCGUUCGCGUUCGACGACGCUCCCGCGCAGAAGGCGCACCCGACGACGGCGCUCGAUCACCUCUUUGCCAAGUUUAUCGAGAAGGACGAGACGGCCGUCGCGCUCGAGAGUGACAAUGCACGCACGCUGGACCGGCUGUUCGGCUCGCUCGAGGUCUCGGAUGGCAGUCACCAGGCCCAGACUCAGCAGCAGCGCAGCGACGACGAUGCCCUGGCCAAGCUCCUCUCGGGUAUCGGGCAUGUCUCGGCCCCGCCACCUGCGCCCCAGCUCCAACCCUCCCUCCCUGAGAAGCAGACCAAGUUCCUCUCGGUGCUGAACCAGAAGGCGCCGGCGCCCCUGACUCCGCCGCGCUCGACACACCAGACCAACUUGCUCUCCAUGCUCGCGUCGCCGCCCAAGGUGGCCCAGCACGACCCCACCCCGCCCCCGGCGUCUCACCAGGGCAACCUCCUCAACAUGCUGUCGUCGGGUCCUCAGCAGCCGCAUCAGCAGGCUCCGCCAGAGGACCAGAUGGCGCGCCAGCGUGCACUGCUUGAAGCAUCGUUCGGCGGUGUCGGCGAGCAGACCGCUGCUACACCCCCGCCUCGCGCCGUCAGCGCAUCGAGCAUGAUGUCGCCCAUGCCGCCUCUCCCGCCCGCUGAAGGAGGAUGGUACGGCCAGCAAGAAUCGGCCCUGCACGGUCCGCCCGGAACGCCGGGAUACCAGCGCCUGCCCAUGCCGGGUUCGCCACGAGGCAUCCCCGGCUCGCCUGUGCGCGGCGGAUAUCCGCAGAACCAGCUCCGUCAGACAGCCCUCCACAACUCGCAGAGGUAUCCCGCCCCGCCCCAGCCUCAGCCUCAACCGCAGGCUUAUCAGCAGCCUCCCCAGCCCCAGCAGGCUUACCAACAACCUCCCCCUCAGCAGUAUCAGCAGCCUCCCCAGUCUUAUCAGCAGCCUCAACCUCCCCAGCCGGCCAACGACCACCAGCGCGCCCUCCUCGGUGCCCUGUUCAAUGGCCGCCAGGCGCCGCCGCACAUGCAGCAGCCUCCCGUGCCUCAGCAGCAGAUGCCUCAGCAGUUCAACGGCUACAACCAGCAGUACCCUCAGCAGGUACCGCAGGGUGCGCCUCAGGUGCCGCCCGGCUAUGCGCCGUACCCCUCCCCUGGUGCACCGAACGUUCCGCCCCAGAUGAACCCGCAGAUGGGCUACGGAUACAACACCUACCCCCAGCAACCUCCCUCUCAGCCCCAGCAUCCUCCUCAGCCACAGCAGCCUCAACAGCAGCCUCCUCAGCAACAGCAACAGCAGCAUCAGUCGAUGCCCCAGCCUCAGCCCGCGCCCGCGCAGUCGGUGCAGCAACCCGCCGUCGGACCGCCCAAUCCCCCCAGUCCGAGCGUGCACCAGCCCGUGCCCCGGCCGCCGGUCGGUGGUGGUCUCCUGGGUCUUAUGAGCCGUUAG